AUGGUCAAACCACGCGUGAUAUACUGGUUCAGAACAGACCUCCGUUUGCACGAUUCGCCGGCCCUCCAAGCAGCCCUAGAUCUCGAGCCAGAGGUCCUCUGGCCAAUCUUCACAUGGGAUCCUCACUACGUGUACAAGGCCAGAGGAGGCGUGAAUCGGUGGCAGUUUCUAUUGGACUGCCAGAAUGACCUCUCGCAAUCCAUUACGAAGCUGAACAAGAACUCCAAGCUGUUCGUUCUCAGGGAAGGCCCGCAAACACUCCUCCCAAAACUUUUCAAAGCAUGGAAGCCCACCCACUUGGUUUUUGAAAAGGACACAGACGCAUAUGCUCGUUCUCGAGACGAGGCCGUCGCCAAAGCAGCCAAAGCAGCAGGAGUCGAAGUCAUCAUUCGACCAGGCCGAACUCUCUGGGACAGCGACGACAUCGUCAAACACCACGGCGGAAAACCCACCAUGUCGAUAACCCAGCUACAGGCGGCGGGCAAGAAGAUUGGUCCCGUCGCAAAGCCCAUUCCCGCACCUGAGAGCUUACCUGAUCCGGGAGACAUGCCCGUGGAUUUCGAGCGGCAUCUUCCUGAGACGAAACCAGAUUUCAAUGAAAGUUAUAGAUCUGAGGAAGACACUGAGUAUAAACACAUCGCGGGCCCGAAUGGCGACUUUGCAAUUGAAACGCUGGAGGAACUCGGCUUUCCUCCAGCCACGACUCCCCAUCGAGGCGGCGAAACGCGUGCCCUCAAGGCUCUCGACGAGCUCCUCAAAGAUAAAAAAUACACGGCAACUUUCCAGAAGCCAAAGACAAGUCCAGCCCAGUUCAAUCCCCAGUCCACAACCCUGCUCUCGCCAUUCUUCCACUUUGGGGCCCUCUCCGUGCGCCUGUUCUACUGGCGCGUCCACGCCAUCGUCGAGUCCUACGGCAAGGCAGCUUCAUCGCCCCCAGAGAGCCUCAUCGGCCAAGUACUCUUUCGCGACAUGUACUUUGCCGCCCAGGCAGCCCUUGGCGCAUCAUUCGCGCAGACAGCAAUGAACCCUUACUGCCGCUUCAUCCCCUGGCAUCUCCCCUCCAAGCGCGACCCAGACACAGGCCUCGCCACGGGAGAUCACCACAUCGACAACCAACAAGCCGAAACGUGGUUCCAGCGAUGGAAGGCCGGCGUCACCGGUUUCCCCUGGAUCGACGCCCUCAUGCGCCAGCUCCGACACGACGGCUGGAUCCACCACCUCGGCCGCCACAGCGUCGCCUGCUUCCUCACCCGCGGCGGCUGCUACGUCGACUGGGAGCGCGGCGCAGAGGUUUUCGAGGAGUGGCUCAUCGACCACGAGCCCGCCUGCAACAUCGGCAACUGGCAGUGGCUCUCUUGUACCGCCUUCUUCACCCAGUACUUCCGCUGCUACAGCCCCGUCUCCUUUGGCCAGAAGUGGGAUAAGGACGGCGCCCUGAUCCGGCAAUGGGUUCCUGAACUCAGCCGCGUGAAAGCAAAGUACAUCUACGAGCCGUGGAAGAUGCCUCUCUUCGACCAGAAGGAGGCCGGCGUCCGGGUCACUGGAGAUGGACUCUCGGGUCGGCAAGAGGCGACGUACCCAAAGCCCAUGUUUGAUUUCAACGAGCGGCGAGACAUCUGCAUGGCGGCCAUGAAGAAAGCAUAUGCCGUGGGGCUAUACGGAAACGACGACAGGGUUAUAGAUGGAAGCUGGAGAACAUUGUUCCCAUCCCCUGACGAGGCCGAGGUCAUGGGAGAGUAUGAAAGCGACUACGGGGAGAAUGCAGAUCAUAACGAAGAUGAACAAGACCGAGGUGAAUUAAAUGGAGAAUCUACCCAGAACAAGCGUGGUGUGGAAAGUAAUGCUGCGCAGUCCAAGCCGAAGAAGCAGAAGACAGAGGCGUAA